CAUUAGCCGUUCGGCCGCCGAGUUGACACCGUCGCUCCCCCGCCGGGCGACCGACUGCGCGCGGCCAACAUGGGCGGCGGCGGCGGUUACCUCCUGCUCGUCCUGAACCCGCCCUGGACGCCCGAGCACAAGGAGGCUAUCCUGCAGCGCGUCGCCAAAGGACUGCUAUCAUGGGACGUCAAGGCCACCGGCACAGACCUGGCCUCAGCCGAAAAAGCCUGCCUGUCCGUCAAGGUCAGCGCGGGCCCACACAACGAGCUGCUUAUCCAGCACUCGACGGAGAGCCUGGCCCUGGAGGUUCUGCUGAACCCGGAGGUAUCCACGCUGCGCCAGUGCUUCAAGAACAUGAUGGUCUCCGGCACCACGCACAAGCACGUCAUUCACGCCGGCUACGCAUUUGCCGGCUCCGGUGACUGGAUACUCCAGGAUGGCGUCUUCAGCGCCCGCGAUGUCGAGGCGCUGUUGCACGACGCCGAAGUUCAGGAGGUACUACGGCGCCAGAAGUUCCACACGUUACACGUCCACUGCUCGGCUGAGGGAAGCUGGGCACAGCCUCCGGUGGGCGUCAGCCUCAACCCGCCUGACAUCGCGGACAACCUGGCCGGCUCGUCGCACCUGCUCGGCUGCCUGGACGCCGUACUGACGAGCCCUCCCCUAACGAGCCUGCUGCCCUCAUCCAGCGUGGUAGGCAACAUCCGUUUCCGAAGGCCGACCAUGUACGUGUUUCCGGGCGGCCAGGGCGAUUGCGCCCUGUUCGGUGUCACCGGCUUCACGCUGCUCGUGGACGGUGGAUUUGCCCGGAAGCCGUGCUUCUGGGAGUUUGUUCGCCAUCUGGACCGACUGGACUCGCUUCUCGUCACUCGCUUCAACCAGUUCAACUCGUGCGGGCUGACGGCGCUGGCGCAACGUAAGGCGCUCGAGCGUGUCUACCCGCAGGUCGGCCACGUCUUCUGCAACGCCGUCCGGUCGCCGUCCGACGAGGAACUGCAAAAGGACCGCGACCAGCUCGUCGUCAGUGUGGUGGCUCAAGGACUGGAGUUUCUUCAGGGAGUGCGCGAGAUGGGACUGUCGCCGCAGGCCUGUCAGAGGGACGCCCGGCCGCUUACGCUAUACCACAAGGUGGGACAUGGCACGCUAGAGAUGUUCGUGCUCAGCCCUGGCCGCUCGACGGAAGAAGACGCUUCCGUGUGCGCGCUUCUCGUGUGGCGCCCUGCUAAGGUGUCAGAGCCCGUUACCCGCAUACUUCUGCCCGGCAGUGCAUCUCAAAGCGUCAUAUUCGAGGGCCUCAGUAAACUUGGCCAUCUAGCCGUUCUCAAGAGUCGCGCGGUGACCGCAGAAGCGCGGCUAGGAUUGAAAAAAUCAAAGGUACAAGACAAACCGCUCCGAGCAACCUCAGUGCCUCCCAGACCAAGCGUCGCCAAAAGGGCGGCAGCAAAAGUCGAGUCUCCGUCACCAUCGCCAACACCGCCACCUGCCGAAAAGGUCAGAGCGCCGGCGAAACAGACGAACAAGUCCAUCGAGUCCCUACCCAAAAAGCAAGAUGAAGUUAAAAGGCCUACCAAAACAGGUGCCAAGAAGGAGCCGAAGAAAUCAGCUGUCGAAAAAACAGACGCUAAGGACGAAAAAGCUCCCAAGAUCACCGCCAAAGUUCCAGCAAAGGUAGCUGAAACAAUGCCCGACAAGGAAAAAAUUGUGGAGAAGCUUGGUGAAAAUGAAUUAGAUAACAUCGAAGAAAAGGACAUCAGCAAAAUUAUCAACGACAAGGCACUGAAAAAGCUUCCAGUCGAGAUCGAAAAAAUUGACUCCAAGGCACAAGAAGAAAUUGUUGCUAAAGUCGAAGAAAAGGUAGCCGCGAAACGCGAACUCAAAAAGGCUACACCUACUAGGCCACCGGCUAAGAGCAAAGGAGCCAAAGACGUCACGAACAAGAUGGCAGUCGAAAGCAAAACGAUCGCACGGAAAACUGCCGAGCCAGCAAAGGUGAAGCCGCGUCCAGUUGUUGCCCCUCCUACGCGACCUAUGGUUCGAGACUCUAAGUCGAAGUCGCCAUCUAGUUCUGCAUCCAGUUCGCCGAAGCGCACCCCUCCUAAGCCUACGACCGAGCGACCAGUAAGGUCAGUAAGGGGAGGAGUGCGGAACGCGAAGCCUCCUGCUGCAGAACCGGUGAAAGUCCCCGAAGGCGAGAAACCUGUAUUGACAGAGAAGCCUACAGCUCAAGUAAAACCUGACAAAAGAAUUGAGGUCGUGACACAGUCUGGUGACGAAAGUUCUGGGUCGAAAGAAGCCAUUGAGGAAAAAGCAGCAACUGAAGCCACGAAGGAAGACAAACCUUUCAUAGAGCCUUCUAGCAGCGACGAAAGCAAGAAAGAUAUUCCAAAACAGAAGUCACCUGUGACUGUCGACGAAGCUCCCAUCAAAGCGGUGCUUCUAGGCACUGCGCAUGCCGCGCCAACAGCAGAAGAUUUCCAAGCGGUGCCAACGAAGUCUCUCGAGAAAGAAAUUGCCGACGCCAAAAUGUGGCCUACGGGAGGCGAUGCCAAAGAGCUAACCGAACCCCCAGAGCACGCGCUGUCCCCGGAGCCUACUGUAUCUGCGUCAUCGGAAGGUGUACCAUCUCUUAUUGACGAAGUGAUUGACAUAUCUCUAAAAGCCGAUUCCUCCGUCGCGAGACAGGUUACGGAGCCGGAACUCAGCAGGGUCCGAGCUCUCUCCAGUGGACAGCGAACACCGGACUCUCUUGACACGCCCCACGAAGUCGGAGACGGCACUGCGCCAUCCUCUAGAGACGAGAUACUCGAAGCCAUGGAGAAACAUCACCUCGUUUCCAGAGAACAGGUUCUCGAAAUCAAGAGGAGGGACUCCGUCGACUCCAUUGAAGGAGAGAUUGCCAUGGAAGAUGAGGAAAUCGUCCAUCCACCUCAGGAAGCCGAUCAGAAAACAGCAGAAGUCCCCAUUUCCGCACAUAUUGCUGGGCAAGAACACGCCGAAACCGACGAUUAUAAAGAGCUCAAGCCGAAAUUACAACAGCCAACACAACAUGAUACAGACCUUCCAUCACACGAUAUUGAGCGUGCUAUAGACGAAUCAAGCAAGAGAAGCCUUCAAGAACCAUGUGCUGAACCACCUAUGGUGGAACCGCAGAUUGAGUCGUCAGCGCCGGAGAUGUCUGUCAGCGCAGUGAAAGAUAUCGCGCACAAACAACCACAUGAACUUACAGAUACAAGUGCACAACCAAUGAUUGAGCAACAAAAACAGGACGACGUUCUGAGCACUGUUCCUGGGCCCUCAUACAAGAAACCAUCAGAGCCUUCGGAUAUCGAACUAAUGACUGAGAAGCCAACAGAAGAUACUAAACAGGAAGUUUUAAGUGAAAUUGCAGAGAAAUCUUCUGAGCCUCCAGUUAUCCAAAAGGUUGAACACGUAAUUGAGAGACCAGCACAAAAGACUCCUGAGAGCAAGGUGUCGGAGGACGAAGAGGAAAAACCUGCUAAACCUGAUGCUAUCGAUAAAAUAAAACCGGCAGUUGAGAGACCAAAAGAGGGGAUACCGGUGGGUGAAAUGCCUGAGGUGACGAAGAAAGAGCCUGCCGAGCCUGAAAGUAUGCAAAAGCUGGAACCGGCAAUUGAGAAACCUGCGGAGGAGACCACAUAUACUGCAGUGUUUGAGGUCGCAGAGAAGCCACUUGGUGAAUCUGAAAUUGUACAAAAGGCGGAGCUGGAGAUUGAGAGACCAUCUGAAGAUAAUCGUGUCAGCUCUGUGCUUGAGGAGGUGCAGACGAAACGUGCCGAGCCUGAGAUUGUUGAAAAGGCGGAACCGGAGAUUGAGGCACCAGAUCAGGAUACUUUUGUGAGUGCAGUGCCUGUGUUCGUGGAGAGGAAACCUGCCGAACCUGAGGUCAUCCAAAAGUUAGAGCCGGAGAUCGAGCAAUCAGCUGCCGAGACCCCUGUCACCUCAGUGCCUGAAGACGCGGAGCAGAAGCCUACGAGCCCUCAAAGUGGCGAAAAGGGGGAACCGGCAGUUAAGAAGCCAGCUGAGGAGACUCCUGAGCAUUCAGUGCCUGAUGUUGCAGAGACAAAAGCUGUCGAGCCUGACAGCUUCCAAACGGUAGAGCCGGAGAUUGAGAAACCAACCAAGGAGACUCCUGUAAGCGCACCACCAGAGGCUGUGGAGAAGAAACCUACCGAGCGAGAGAUUGUCGAAAUGGUGGAACAGGGGAUUGAGAGACCAGCUGAGGAGACUCGUGUAAGUGCAGCGCCUGUGCACACAGAGAAGAAAGCUGCCAAGCCUGACGGCUUCCAACCGGUGCAGUCGGAGAUUGAGAGACCAGCUGAGGAGACUCCUCUAAGCGCAGUACCAGAGGUCACGGAAAAGAAACCUACUGAGUCUGAGAGCGUCGGAAAGGUGCAACCGGAGACUGAGAUAUCAGCUGAGGAGAUUCCUGUAAGCGCAGUACCAGAGGUCACGGAAAAGAAACCUACUGAGUCUGAGAGCGUCGGAAAGGUGCAACCGGAGACUGAGAUAUCAGCUGAGGAGAUUCCUGUAAGCGCAGUACCAGUGGUUGCGCAGAAGAAACCUACCGAGCCAGAAAGUGUAGAAGAGGUGAAACCGGAGAUUGAGGGUCCAUCUGAAGAGGCGCCUGUCAGCGCAGUACCAGAGGCCUUGGACAAGAAGCCUACCGAGCCAGAGAGUGUCGAAAAGAUGAAGCCAGAGACUCAGAGAUUAGCUGAGGAGACUCCUUUGAAUGGACAGACCGAGGGCGCAGACAACAAAGCUGCCGAGCCUGAGGGGGACCAAAAGGUGGAGUCUCCUGUGAGUGCAAUGCGUGAAGUCGCAGAGAAAACACCUACAGAGCACGAUAGUCUCGAGAAGAUGGAACCGGAGGUUAAGAGACCAGCUGAGGAGACUCCUGUGACUGCAGUUCCGAAGAUCGCAGAGAAGAAACCUGCCGAGCCAGAGGGCUUCCAAAAGGUGGAGGCGAAGAUUGUGCCACCUGAUGUAGAGACUCCGUCCGAGCCGGAUGGUGUCCAAAAGGUGGAACUGGCGACUGAGCGACCAGCAGAGAAAAUGCCUGAGAGCGCUGUGCUAGAGGUAGUGAAGAAUAAACCUACAGAAGCUGACGGUGUCCAAGAGGUAGAACCGGAGAUUGAGCGACCAACUGAGAAGACUUCUGUCAGCAAAGUUCUUGACAUCGCGGAAAAACAACCUAUCGAGCGUGAUGGCAUCCAACAAUUCGAACCAGGGCCUGAGAGUCACGCAGAGCAGACUCCUGUGAGCACAGUUUUUGAGGUCGCCGAUAAGAAACCGGCCCAGACUGAGGAUGUCCAAGAGGUGGAACUGGAAAUUGAGAAGCUACCUGACGAGACUGCUGUAAGUACAGUGCCUGAAAUCAUGGACAAAAAACCUGUCGACUCUGACGGUGCCCAAAAGGUGGAGCCGGAGGUUGAGAGACGAGCUGAAGUGCCUUCUGUGAUUGCACUGCCUGAUGUCACGGCGAAGAAGCCUUGCCAGCCUGAGGAUGUCAGAAAGGCUGAACAGGAGAUUGAAAAACUACCUGAAAAGUCUCCUGUCGACAUAAUGUCUGAGGUCGAGCAGAAAAAACUUGCCCAGACUGAGUGUAUCGAUAAGGAGGAACCGGAGACUGAAAAAAAGGUUGGGGAGAUCCCUGUCGGUGCACUGCCUGAGGUCACGCUGAAGAAACCUGUCGAGCCUGAGGGCGACCAGAAGGUAGAGCCGGAGAUUGAGAGUCCAGCUGAGAAGACCCCCAUCAGUGCAAUAUCAGAGGACGGGGUGAAGAAACCUACCGAGGCUGAAAGUGCUGGAAAGAUGGAACAGGAGAUUCAAAGACCAGCUGAGGAGACUCCUGUGGGUGCGGUGCCUGCGGUCGCAGAAAAAGAACCUGCUGAGCCUGAGGGUUUGCAGGAAGUCGAGCCGGACGUUGAGAAACCAGCUGAAAUGACUCCUAUGAGCAUAGUACCAGAGGUCGGGGAGAAGAAACCUAUCGAACCUUAUGAUGUCCAAAAGGGGAAACCAGAGAUUGAGAGAUCAGCUGAAAAGACUCAUGUGAGCGCAGUGCCUGAGGUCACAGAGAAGCAACAUGCCGAGCCUGAGGGUUUACAGAAGGUCGAGCGAGAGAUUGAGAGACCAGCUGAGGAGGCUCCUGUCACGGCAGUGUCUGAAGUCGCGAAGAAGAAACCUGCAGAGUCUGAUAGUGUCGAAAAAGAGGAACCGGAGACUGAGAGAGCAGCUGAAGAGACACUUGUGACUGCUGUGCCUGAGGUGGCAGAGAAGAAACUUGGCGAGCCUGAGAGCGUCAAUACGGUAGAACCGAAGACUGAGAGACCAGUUGAGGCGACAUUUGUUGGCGUAGUGCCAGAGGUGGCGGAGAAGAAACCUACCGAGCCUGAUGAUGUUGAAAAGGCACAACCCUACAUAGACAGUCCGGGCGGGGAGACUCCUGUCAGCGCAGUACCAGAGGUUGCGGAGAAGCCUGAUAGCGUUAAAAAAGAGAAACAAGAGAUUCAGAGACCAGAUGAGGAGGCUCCUGUGAGUUCAAUGCCUGAGGUCGCAGAGAAGAAACCUGCUGAGCCUGAUAGUAUCGAUAAAGGACAACCGGAGAUUGAGAGAACAUCUCAGGAGAUUCCUUUCUGCGCAGUACCAGAGUUCGCGCAGAAGAAGCCUACCGAACCUGAUGAUGUCCAAAAGGGGAUACCGCAGGUUGAGAGACCAGCUGAGGAGGCUCCUGUGAGUGCAAUGUUUGAGGUCGUAGACCAGAAACCUGCCGAGCCAGAGGGCGUCCGAAAGGCGGAGCCGCUGAUUCAGAGACCAGCUGAGGAGACUUCCGUCAGCGCAGUACCAGAGUUCGCAGGGAAGAAACAUACCGAGCCUGAGAGUGUUGAAAAGAUAGUACAGGAGAUUGAGAGACCACCUGAGGAGACUCUUGAGAGUCUUAUGUCGGACGUCGUAGAGAAGAAACCUGCCGAGCCUGAGGUGGGGAUUGCAGAUCAAGAGACUCCUGUAAGCGCAGUGCCCGAGUUUGUGGAGGAGAAGCCUACCGAGCCCAAGAGUGUCGAAAAGGGGGAACCCGAGAUUGAGAGACCAUCUGAGAAGUCGCCUGUCGGCGCAGUACCAGAGGUCACAACGAAGAAACCUACCGAGCCUGAGGGCAUCCAAGAGGCCGAGCUGGAAAUUGGGAGAGCAGCUGAAGAGACUCCUUUAAGUGCGGUAUCAGAGGUGGCGGAAAAGAAGCCUACCGAGCCUGAGAGUGUCGAAAAUGGGGAAUCGGUGAGCGAGAGAUCAUCUGAGGAAACUCCUGUCGGUGCUGUGCGAAAGGUCGUGGAAAAGAAACCUACUGACGAUGAGGGUGUCGAAAAGGGGGAACCAGAGAUUGAGAGACCAUUUGAGGAGACGCCUCUCGACGCCGUACUAGAUAUCGCAGAGAAGAAACCUGACGAGACUGAGGGCAUCCAAAAGGCAGAACCGGAGAUUGAGAGAGCAGCUGAAGAGACUCUUAUAAGCGCCGUUCCAGAGGUCGCGGAGAAGCCUACGAAGCCUGACAGUGUCGAAAAGGGGGAACCGGAGAUUGAGAGACCAGCUGAGGAGACUCCUGUGAGUGCAAUUCCUGAGGUCGCAGAGAAGAAACCUGCCGAGCCUGAGGGCAUCCAAAAGGCGGAGCCGGAGAUUGGGAGGACAGCUGAGGAGACUCCUGUGAGUGCUAUGUCGGAGAUAGCGAAGAAACCUACUGAGGUUGAGGGUGUCGAAAAGGGGGAACCGAAGAUCGAGAGACUAGCUGAGCAGACUCUCGUAAGUGCUAUACCGGAAGUGGCAGAGAAGAAACCUAUUGAGGCUGAGGGUGUCGAAAAGGGGGAACCGGAGAUUGAGAGGCCAGCUCAGGAGAUCCCUGUGAGUGCUAUACCGGAGGUCGCAGAGAAAACACCUGCGGAACCUGAGGGCAUCCAAAAGGCAGCACCGGAGAUUGAGAGAGCAGCUGAAGAGACUCUUAUAAGCACUGUGCCAGAGGUCGCGGAGAAGCCUACGAAGCCUGACAGUGUCGAAAAGGAGGAACCGGAGAUUGAGAGACCAGCUGGCGAGACUCCUGUGAGUGCAAUUCCUGAGGUCGCCGAGAAGAAACCUGCUGAGCCUGAGGGCAUCCAAAAGGCGGAGCCGGAGAUUGGGAGAGCAGCUGAGGAGACUCCUGUGAGUGCAAUGUCGGAGAUAGCGGAGAAGAAACCUACUGAGGGCAUCCAAAAGGCAGAACCGGAGAUUGAGAGAGCAGCUGAAGAGACUCCUGUGAGGGCUAUGCCGGAGGUAGCGGAGAAGAAACCUACUGAGGUUGAGGGUGUCGAAAAGGGGGAACCGAAGAUCGAGAGACCAGUUGAGGAGACUCUCGUAAGUGCUAUACCGGAAAUGGCGGAGAAGAAACCUACUGAGGCUGAGGGUGUCGAAAAGGGGGAACCGGAGAUUGAGACGCCAGCUGAGGAGACUCCUGUGAGUGCAAUGCCUGAGGUCGCAGAUAAGAAACCUGCCGAGCCUGAGGGCAUCCAAAAGGCGGAGCCGGAGAUUGGGAGAACAGCUGAGGAGACUCCUGUGAGCGAUAUACCGGAGGUCGCAGAGAAAACUCCUGCCGAACCUGAGGGCAUCCAAAAGGGAGAGCCGGAGAUUGAGAGAGCAGCUGAAGAGACUCCUAUAAGCACCGUGCCAGAGGUCGCGGAGAAGCCUACGAAGCCUGACAGUGUCGAAAAGGGGGAACCGGAGAUUGUGAGACUAGCUGAGGAGACUCCUGUGUGUGAUAUGUCGGAGAUGGCGGAGAACAAACCUACUGAGGCUGAGGGUGUCGAAAAGGGGGAACCGGAGAUUGAGAGGCCAGCUGAGGAGACCCCUGUGAGCGCUAUACCGGAGGUCGCAGAGAAAAAACCUGCCGAACCUGAGGGCAUCCAAAAGGGAGAGCCGGAGAUUGAGAGACCAGCUGAGGAGACUCCUAUAAGCGCCGUGCCAGAGGUCGUGGAGAAGCCUACGAAGCCUGACAGUGUCGAAAAAGUGGAACCGGAGAUAGUGAGACUAGCUGAGGAGACUCCUCUGAGUGCUAUGUCGGAGGUAGCAUCGAAAAAACCUGCCGAGCCUGAGGGCAUCCGAAAGUUAGAACCGGAGAUUGAGAGAGCAGCUGAAGAGACUCCUAUAAGUGCUGUACCAGAGGUCGCGGAGAAGCCUACGGAGCCUGACGGUGUCGAAAAGGGGGAACCGGAGAUUGUGGGACUAGCUGAGGAGACUCAUGUAAGCGCAAUACGAGAGGUCGCCGAAAAGAAGCCUAGUGAGCCUCAGUUUAUCGAAAAGGGGGAACCAGAUUUUCAAAAAGCGGCUGAAGAGACCCCUAUGAGUCGAUUGUCUGAUGUAACCGAGAAGAAAUUUGCCGAGCCCGAGGCUAUCCAAAUGGUUGAACCGGAUAUUGAGAGACCAGUUGAACACACUCCUGUAAGCACAGUACCAGAGGCCACAGAAAAGAAACCUACCCAGCUUGAGAGUAUCGUAAAGGUGGAACCGGAGACUGAAAUAUCAGCUCAGCAGACUCCUAUGAGUCGAUUGCCUGAGGUAAGAGAGAAGGUUGGCGAACCUGAGGGCAUCCGAAUGGUGGAGCUGGAGAUUGAGAGACCAGCUGAAGACACUCCUCUAAGCGCAGUACCAGAGGUCACGGAAAAGAAACCUACCCAGCCUGAGAGUGUCAAAAAGGUGGAACCAGAGACUGAGAUAUCAGCUGAGGAGUCUCCUGUGAGUACAAUGCCUGAGGUCACAGAGAAGAAACCUGUCGAGCCUGAGGGCACCUUAAAGGCAGAGCAGGAGAUUGGAAGUCCAGCUGAGGAGACUCUUGUAAGUGCAGUACCAGAGGUCGCGCAGAAGAAGCCUACUAAGCCCGAGAGUGUCGAAAAGAAGGAACCGGAGGUUCAGAGACCAGCUGAAGAGACGCCUGUGAGUGUAAUGGCUGAGGUCGCAGAGAAGAAACCUUCCAAGCCUGAGGGCAUCCAAGAGACGGAGCCGGAUAUUGGUAGACCAGCUGAGGGGACUCCUGUCAGUGCAGUACCAGAGGUCAGGGAGAAGAAGCCUGUUGAGCCUGAGCGUAUCGAAAAGGUGGAACCGCAGUUAGAGAGGCAAGCUGAGAAGACUCCUGUCAGUGUCAUGCCUGAUGUCACAGAGAAGAAACCUGCUGAGCCUGAGGGGGUCCAGAAGGUGCAGCCGGCUAUUGAAAGACGAGCUGAGGAGUCUCCUGUCAGCGCAGUGCCUGAGGCUGCGAAGGAAAAAUCUGCUGAUCCUGAGAUUGAUAAACAGGAUCUGAAGGUUGUGAGGGCAGCAGAUGAGCCUCCUGUGAGUGCAGGACCGGAAUCUGGCUAUGUCCAAAAAGUGGUAACCGGGGUUGCGAGGCCAGUUGAGGAGACUCCUGUGACUGCAGUGCCUGAGGUGGCGGAUAAAAAAUCAUCUGAGGUGACGGUUAUCAAAAAGGUGGAACCGGACAUUCAGGAGCCAGCACAGGAUAUUUCUGGGAGUGCAGGACCUGAGCUUGUAGAGAAGAAACCUGCUUACCCCAAGGGUGCCCAUAUGGUGGAGCCGGAGAUAGAGGAGGAGGCAGCAGAGGACACUCCUGUUAGCACAGUGCAUGAAAUUUAUAAGCAAGAACUCAGCGAUGUGGCAAGCUCUGCUGAUAUAAAUAUUGCCCACCCUGAAGAAAUCGAAGAAAAGAAACCGCACCUCGAAAAGGUGCCAUUUGCAGACAAAAAGGCACCAGCAAGUUCUGUCUCAGUUAUUACUCCUCCCAACUUUGAAGACGUGGAGAAGCUAGCAGAGAUAUCUGUUGUAACUACCAUGCCGAUGGAGAUGGAUAGAGAGCCUACCCAGCGAGAUGACUUUCACGAGGACAAACCGCUGAUUGAGAAGUCAGUAGUUGAAACACCAGCAAGUGGUUUGCAAGAUAUCGCAGACUCAAUGCUUCCUGAGUCUAUAGAACUCGGCAUACCUGAAAUGAAGCUUCAGACACCUUCAGAAAUAGUCCCUUCGAGCAGUAUAGCAGAGAUCGCGGAUGAAAAGCCUAUCGAGCUCCAGGAUGUCGAAGAUACAGCACCUCAUGAAGAGCAUCUUAAGCCAAGUGAUAGGGGAACAGAAAAACUGCAGGUUGGGAAGCCAGAAGGAAAGCCUUCGGAAAGUUCUAUAUCAGAGGUUACAGAGAGAAAGCCAGCCGAAGUGGAACAUACGGACAAGGGGAAAGAGCAGCUUGAGCAGCCUGCAAAGGAAGCUCAAAAUCUUGAAAUAGAGGAACCGCACGUGGAGGACACUGCUAAGGAGGCUCCAGCGAGCACAGAUGCAGCGACGGGGGAUAAAACACCUGCCAAACAUGAACACAUUGUAAAAGAAGAACCACAGAUUGACACCCAAACAGGCAAGACUUCGGGGAUCGCCGAAAAGGGUCCUGCUGAGAUUCAACAUAUUGAAACUGAAGACAUACCUCUUGGCAAAUUUGCAGAGAAAGCUCCUGUCAGUACCGUUCCUCAUACUUCCGCUACGAAGCCUUCAGAAACUCAAUAUACAGAAACAGAAGAGGAGCCAGAAAAAAAGGCUCCUGUUAGUGCCUUCAAAGAGAUCGCAGAGAGAAAGCUUACCAAACCUGAAGAUAUCGAACUCGAAAAACCGUGCAUCGAGGAGCCAGCACUGGAGGCUCCAGUGAGUACCUUACUUGAGAUCACAGACAAAAAGACUCCCGAGCUUGAAGAUCUUAAAGGGAAAGCAGUGCGUAUUGAGAAAGCCGUAGACAAAUCUCCUGAAAGUACUUUAUCGGAGAUUGUCCAUGAAAAGGCCGCAGAACCUAAGUAUAUUGAAAAGGAAGAACCGCAGCUAGGGACGUCAUCAGGUGAUGACGUCACGAAAACUGAAACGUCCCAAAAGGAGAAAACGCAGAUUUACAAACAAGCAGAAAAGCCUCAAGUAAGCGCUGUGCCAGAGCUGUCAGACGAAAAGCCUUCUCAGCCUGAAGAUAGCGAAAAAGAUGAACUCGAGUGUGAGAAGCCCGCGGAAAAGGCGCAAUUGAGCACCAUGCCAGAGGCCCUGGAUAAAACGCAUAUCAAGACCGACAAGGGGGCAGAGCAAGGCCACGACCUGUCGUCGACUGUUGCCAAACCGGGCGAGACUGAGGAAACUCACGCCGGGUCUGCAGCUCUUGCCUUCCAUAAAGAAAUAGAGUGUCCUGUUAGCGUGGGACCGGAGUUCCCAGAACAGAAGACCCUCGAGCUUGGCGAUCGUGGGAAGACAGAAAUGCAUGCUUCUGACAGCGCUAUGCCAGAGACCGACGAACCUAUUGCUUCGCUCAAGCACCAGGUACCUGAGAAGGCCGCCUCCGCAAAAGCCAUGGCGGAUGCUGAUACCUUGCUUACAAAAGCUGAGGAAACUAUACUGCAACGAAUGGAUGCGGACCAACAAGAAACGUUGUCCGAGCAAAGCUCAGUUGACCAAGAAGGUAUUGUAACGUCUCCUGGUGAGGAGACCGCUGAUGAAGACGUUUAUGCAAGCAUCCCAGGCGACCAGGAAGUGUAUAAAGGUACGACGGAUGUUCAUGAAGUUGAGGAUUUCGAAACCAGGGUUGAUGAUGCGGCAGUUGAAGGAGUAGUAACCUCACCAUUGCACUCUCUUAGUGAUGAUUACCAGCACUUGCCUGCAGAUUCUAAAGACGAGAAGUUGGACGGUGUGAGCAUUACCGAGCUUCAAGAUGGUUAUCAAAAAGAGCACGUACGCAAGUCAGAAGAGGAGCCAUCAGGCAGUCCUUUAGGCCAAAUACAACCACAAGAUGUGGUUAGUGGUGAGCAUGGGUUACAAGAACCGCAGGUUGAGGUCGUUGUCCCAGAUGAGAGAAAGAAAGUCGAAGUUGCUGAGAAAUACGAGCCGUCCUCUUCAAGAGCGACAGAUCAUGUGCAGCAAGUGGAUGAGGAGUACGAACAACAAGAUGAUAAAGAAGAACUUCGAGUACAGGCAAGUGCUCCUCCACAAUCGUUCCUGUUCAGCGAUACCAGCUCAUCCGACACCGCAUUUCCGGAAGAACUAUCAGAACUGCAUCAGUCAGGCUACCUUCCGGAAGAAUAUAAAGUUCUUCCCUCCACUGCUUUGAUUCCGGAAGUAGAUGGCACCAUUGCUGAAGACCUCAUUGCUGCCAAAGAACAAGCUCAGAAACAGCUUGAAGAGGAAGGAGAAGACGGCGUGCCAUCAAGUUUUUCUCGAGCAAGCUCAAAGCAAGUUCAAUCAACCACUGAGAAGAAUGGCAUUGCACCACAUGUGGAUAGGCUGCCCGACUUCGCAGAAUGUAGUGAAAUGGCAUCUGAACAAGAAUAUACACAUAAAGAAAAUCUUCAAAAAGACGAUGCCCCAGUAGUUUCUAAGCUGUCGGAUGACACAUAUAAAGUUUCUAAAGAGACGCCGCAGCACUAUGUGCAAGAACGCUGCGAAGAAACAGACCCACUUAUACCACACGGUUACGGUGUGAUGGACAGUUUCACAGCAGAUAAAGCAAUUGAGCCCGGGCGUUUAUCGAAGGGCGAUGAACUCAGUCAGAAAGAAACAGGAACUGUCGCUGCUGUCAGCGAAGAGAACUUUCAAAGUGACCGCUACAAACUGCCUGAAACAAAAGACAUCAAAGGAAGCGAUGAACACAAACAAUCAUCUCCAGUUUCACAAGACAGCGAGCGAUAUAACCGUGAGGUAGUACAAUAUGCAGCACUACUAAGCGAAGAGCAAGCUGAUCUUUUGACGGCACACGAAGAACCGGUAUUGCAUGCUGAAAGCGACACCAUACCACAGUCAUUUAUGCCGCUGGAGCCAUUGGAGGACGACCGCAAGAUGCCCGCACCACCUACGCAUCGCGACGAAGACCACGUAGACAGGGAGAUGCCAACAGAUACAGAUCAUAUACUGCCGAUUACUCGUACCUUGGGCGAGAGUGUCUCACCUCAGCCUUGUUCGACAAAGGAAGCGGAAAUAGAUGUAACCAAGCAGGAACUGCACCUCGCUCUCAGCCCUGCUCUCGGCAUAGCCACGAGUGUGUACAGUAAGGCGAAAGAACUGUUGGAAGAGUGUGCGGGCGCCACAGAUUCUACUAGUCCUGGAGGUGCAAUAUCAACGGGGAGCCCGAAAAGCUCCGUUAGUGAAGAUUCGUUUCGCAGUGUCGUGCAAAAGGAUGACGGACGAGACGUCCUUAUUACAGAAGAGCGGUGCGCCGACAGAACGUGCGACGAAGACAUUGUCUCGGAUAGCGGUGUUACGACUGGUUAUGACUUUAGAUCGCCUUCAGAGGUUCUUAAAAGGGGCUUUCUCGAAGAAACGUCGCAUACGCUUGCUAGGGAGUGGGACAAAACCAUGGUUCUGCAGUCACCGUCGCAAGACGAAGAAGGAAGGCGGCUUCUGGAAAUUAUAAAAAGUCAGUUAGUCUGUGACGAGUCCGCAGAUUCUUUGGCUGCCUCAAAAGAACGGGACCUGCCAGCGGCAAAAGAUAUACCACCAGCUGAUUCCUCAAAAUACCUGCCCCACACUACACAGGCAGAAACGGGUGGCGCAGGCUUGGAGAAGUCGCCAGACUCAACUAGGAAACGUGACGAAGUACUUGCGAUCAUUCUAGACCAAAUUACCAAGGACGAUUGGGAUGGAACCACUCACUCUGAACCUGAAAAAAUUCAAGUUUCAAAGGAUUCGGCUGAGGUGCCCUCCAUGUUGUCAGAGGACAGUACAACAAAAUUUGAUUCCCAGGCUGAUGCACCUCUGGGCUCCGAGGAUCAACGUGAACCCUCAAGCCCUGGGCAUUUGCUUAUGAAAGGACCGCCUGAAGAAGAAAAGAGUGUUCCCGUCUCCAGUGAGCCGGCGACUACAGUGCAGAAGCCGGAGAGUCCGUCAGCGCACAUUGAAGUUUUCGAACAGAUAACGCCGGAAACAUCGCUCUUUCAAGAAAGCGGUUCCAUUAAACGAGACCUCUCCGAAGCACGUGACGAUGGAAGCGCCCUGCCUGACUCAAAUAUUUCGCAGUCAUUGCCUGCCGACGAAAGCUCAGUAAAUCUUUCUGAGGAAAAAGUACACUACUUUCCCUUGGACUUGGAUGCAAGUUCCCCAACGGACCUGAGUUCUUCGCCUGUUGCGCUGAAAGAAAGUGCAGGCCGCCCAGACUUGCGCACAAUGAGCGACAAAGAACCUGAAAGCACACCUGAAGUUCCUUCCAUUGACCUCGGAAUGGCGCCCGAAAAGAGCGAUGUCUGCGAUGCACGUCUUUCUUCUGAACCAGAAGGAACAAAAGUACGUGACGAAGCAUCAUACGGUGAAGCUGGUGAGAAAGAAACAGCUUCCAGUGAUUCACCGCCACUCAUCCGCCAAGAGCAAGACACUUAUGAGCCAGAAGCACCAUGGAUACACCACCGCGGCUCUCAGGAUGCUUCAUCGCGAGAAAUUUCAGAUCAACCGAUGAAGGAUCCGAGAGCGACGGGCCCGACAUCUCUUGAUGCGCCUGAGCUGGCGCACAUGCAACAGAGGAUGUCUGUCGAGUACGAAAGUUCAAUAACUUCCGUUUCCGAUAUUGAGUUCGGGGUCGAUGCCAAGCCCUUCGCAGCGGUAGCAUCCGAAGGCUCUUCGCACUAUGACUCCAAGACGGCUGAAGGCUCUAAAGGCGGAAAGGACGCGUCUCGUCCAUCCAGUCCAGAAAGUCCGCCCCAGUCCCCAGUUAAAAGUAUAGCCGCAGAGCAUCCACGCACGUCUAGAAGAGCUCGCACCGUGUCAGAGUCCAAGCACCCUAUUCCUACGCAGGGGUCCUCAGAAGCCGACAUAUCCAGUGAAGAUGAGGACAGCGCACACAAGGUCAUUGCUCAUUCUUACACGGAUACCCCAAGUUAUGUUGUAGAGCUGCCAAAAGAAAGCCCACAGCCAGAGCACAGCUCCCAGCAAGUGGGUUUUCAUCCUGUAAAAGACCUACCGCUUGAGGGCAAUGAAUACCGUACUAUUCCGCGAGGUGCAGAUGACCGUGAUUCUCGCCAUUCUCCACUUGAAGUGCAACCUGACAGCUUUCCUCAUCCUUCUGGCAAGACCGAAGGUUUACAUUUCUCACAUAAGCGAACACCGUCAGAAGAAGGUUAUCUGCCUAUCGCUGAAGGCACCGACGAAGCUAAAAAGAAUGGAAAAGGCUCAGAAGCUCCUCAGUUACCUUCACAGCCUGUGGCAGACCCGUCGACCUCUACAAAGCUCAGUAAGCAUGAUGUGCAGGUACCGCCAUCACUACUUGAGCCAGAUACAGCAAAAAUGUCAGGUGACACGGGCUCCCACCCUGAUGAGACAUAUAGCAGCCAAUUGAAGAGGUCUUCCAUUGAGGGUGAAACAACUUCGUCUAGUGAUGACGCAGGAUCUGGUCGCAUGUCUCUUACAGGGUCUAAAGAUAGUGAUUUGAUGCGUGAAUACACUAGGCACUUAGAAACCACACCUAGCGCCAGGUUCAGUGUUGACUCCACGUGCAGUGUGACGUCGGAAGAACGAAGUUACACAGAACUCGAGAAGCCUUACCAAAAAGAGGACAGCGGCGAGAGCUUCUCCAGCACAGCAAGAGAUCAUCCUGACCAAUCUUCUAGAUCUGGCAGUUUAUACAGUGACUUUACACUCGAGCCUUCAGGCAUUGUCGAUCACCACGAACCUAUAGCGCCGCACGUCAGUUCAGACCAAGUUGAAUUGGGAUCCAGUGCCGACGCAUUAUUUCCUGUAAGGCCAGAGAGGCCCGCCGAAAUCGCUAGGAUAGAGCCACAGUUUGGAGCGUUUGCAACUUCAACUACCACCUCCGCGGAAAUGGAGAGCGAUGUAGAAGUCCCGCUCGGUGCGGAAACUGUCACAAGAGAACCAGAUGGGCGCAUCUCGUCUGUAGCCAAAAUUCCUACGAUCGAAGCCCGACAACCAGUUACCGUUGUAACUCAUGGUCAUGGUAUAGCUUCAGGCCUCUUUGCCGCCUUAAAAACAGAGCUGUGCGUUAUAGAUUCACCUUCUAUGGGCACUGUUUUAGACCAAACGGGCAAAGAUGCUCAGGGUUUCCCUGAUCAGGCCGUUUUCGACACCUCACCGAAGUUUUCGGAAGAGCAUCGGGAGCUUGACUCAAGAGAAAUCAAGGUUCCUGAAGUUGAACGAGAAGCACCUACAGAUCAAGCACACUCGGACGAUUGCAAAGUAACAGCUGCACAUCAUACUUCAACUCUAAUGCCGGAGGAAGAAUUCAAAGAAACCUAUUCCCUUUCUGGAGAUGAAGCGCUUCCCGGGCGAAAGGUCUCUGGAGAGAUCACUCCUGUCAAGGCUCUUAGGUUUCAGCUAGGAGACGACACUUUAAUAGAACCGCUUCCCGACCAGACGGCUGCAUCGGCAUCCUGCACGUCUUCCGAUGCUGAUCAUGGUCUAUCAAAAGAAGUUUUUGAAAAAAAAGUUCGCUUGGAGAAAUUUCUUGAAGCCGAAUUUCUCGAAACAAUGGCAACAGACGAAGAGGACGAGUCAUCGCGCGCGUCUGUGAAGCCAUCCACCACAUCGACUACAAGUUCCUCGCAUCAUGAAAAUGGACAUAAGGUCCCCGAACCGGAAGAAGACGUUACCGACGACGAUGUCACACUGGCGUCCGGACUUUCUUCAGGACUUCCAACGGAGCUUGUUUGCAUGGCGCAGUCGUCUGUCGAUUUACCAAAGGACAUUAACCGUAUCACCAAAUGUGCCGACUCGCAAGAACGCGUAUCACCUCCUCCGGCUUCUCCGCUGGACGCAGUAAAGCAAGAUGAACCAGCCGCCGUGGCCGCCGGGCUCGCGUCGGGUCUGCCCGUGGAGCUGGUGUGCAUGGUUGAGUCCAGAGAGCUGUGCUCUGAGAUAAAGCGCGCAGAAGAGGAAGCUAUUCAUCACGUUAUAGAGAAGAAAGCUGACUACGCAGAGGAGGAUGACGGUGUCGCGAUGCAAGCGUACAUAGAGCGGCGACUGAGUGAUAGCGACCACUUCACAGACAAGCAGCAACGCGCUAGCCCUUCGUCCGAAACAGUUCCAACUUCGCAGCACGGUAUGCCAACUCCUGAACGAAAGCCUAGUAAAGGUUUCGACGAGCUUCACUUGAACGGCACGUCGCACUCGCCACCGAGCGUCGGUCUCGUUGCUGGACUUGCGGCUGGACUUGCCACGGAGCUAGUAUGCAUGCCACAAUCGGCUGAAGAGCUUUGCAUUGAUGCUUCAGAAUCAAGGUGGCCGCCAGCACGAGGUUCCCACGUCGAACCCAUACCUCCGGAGAUGACAGCGUCUGUUUACGAGGAGUUAACUGCGCAUGCAGGGGAGACACCAUGCUCGGACACCGACAUUGAGAGCGUUGGGCAAGGUACGCCUGAUUCGGCUGUGCUACAUCGCAUGGGUCAGAUACCGGUUCAGCGUGAGGUAAUCACGACCGUCACUUCUCGGCGAGUUGUUUACCAGCAUGAUGGUCCCCCGGACACAUGGACCACAUCGACUUUUUCGGAGCCACCUCAACACGACACCGAAGACGACUCUAGGCGUACAACCGUAACUUACGUCUAUAGGACCUACACUUCUGGAGAAGGUGAUGAUAAAGGCGAUCCAACGCUUUCUUCCGGUACUGUGCCUUCUCGUCAAGGCGAAGAUGGUCUUCCAUUUGACAUUCUGCGCUCAAAUGUGGAAAGGCGUCCUCGAGAGGAAGAUAUACAUGACGGAGGUGAUCACAUCGCUGGAACUUCGUCCAGGAGUUACGUCUACACCGUUUCGUCUGACCAUGGUGCUCCAGAAACGUUUAUCCGUCAUACUGACGACACAGAAACCCUGCAUCAUCCAGAUUCAUCUAUCCACAGUAUCGCGAUGGACGAAGUUGCUCGCAUAACUGAAAUGGCCGCUGCUGCAGUAACCCAGUCGCCAAACGGUUGGACGGUUGUCCAUCGCUCGGCUGACUCGUCUUCGCAACGUCCGCUGGAGUUGACCCGUCCUACUGAGCUGGUGGAGGGAAGAAACGGACACGCCACGCACGUGACGGAGACUCGGGAGAUUGUCUACCAUCCGAGCAGCAGCGCCGAAUUUCGCUUCGCGCUGGGACCGUCUGCCGAGGAAACAUGUCUUCCCCCGGAAGGUAGCGACCCGAAGACAAUCUUGGAGUUCAUGGCAGCUCAGACGAAGCAGGCGGCUAAAGAGAUGCUGGAGGAGCAGCCGCUAUACGAGGAAGACGAAGACGCCGCCCAGGAGCAGAGUUCGCUUAGCGACGCCAGCCCCUUGGUAGAGGAGCCCGUGUUUGGAAAGACCCUGCAACCGGACUACCCUGAACUCGUCGAAUUGUCGGCCGGAAACACGCCGUCGGAACCGCCGAGUCCGCACUCCGCUGCGCAAGACACCCGGGCCAGGCACAACGGGGAGCCCUCCGGCACCACUUCCGUCCAGCGAAUGGUGGUCGUCGAGGAGACGGAGCCCACGUCCACAAUGGCGGGCGGGAGCGAGGCGCGUCGGGUCGUCAGCUACGUCGAAGAACCCACUACAGUCGUGCGGGAGGAGUGGGUGCUGGAAAGCGGCCGCGGCGAGGCGUCGCACGUCAUAUCGCAGUCGUCCAUGUUCCAGCAUGAGGUACUCACCCGGGAAGAGUCGACGUCUGCUGGUACCGCGUCGUCUCCCGCCUCUACUGGCCACGAUGCCAUCCGCUUCACGACGCUCCAUCACCUUGAACGCGACCUCGGCGCGGCUGGUGACGUUGCCCAACGAGGCUCUCUGAAGGCAUCGGUGGCAGCGGCGCAACAUGAACAGCAGUGGUCCGAUGCAGAGGUUGCAAGUCGAACUGACGCCCCUCACGAUACCGUCAGAGAGCUCCAGGGGACUUCCGCCGAGGGGCAAACGAACGGCCGGCGAGAUGGUGACGCCGCCGCGCCGUUCGACAUUCGGGACUGGGGCAAACCACUGGGCCUUCCCGUUCCGCCCGACCCGUCGUCCAAAUCGUCGAAAACAGGCGGCAAGAAGGCGGGCGCGGCAGCGACGCCACGUGACGCCGCCGAUGUCGUGUACGUCGACCUGACCUACGUCCCCCACCACGGCGACCCGGGCUACUGCGACGCAGAGUUCUUCAGCCGAGUUCGAGCACGCUAUUACGUGCUGAGCGGCACCAAUCCCAGCCAGCAGGUGCUGGACGCCCUGCUCGAGGCCAAGCGCGGCUGGGGAGAGCCGGACGCCCCGGUCACCGUCAUUCCGACCUACGAGACCGACGCGCUUUGCUACUGGAUUGCGCACAAUCAGAAGGCCCUCGAAGAGCACCACAUUGACGUGGCUCCCUCGGCUUCGCGCUGCACCAUCAACCUCCAGGACCACGAGUCGUCCUGCGCCGCAUACCGACUCGAGUUCUAAACAAAAGGAGCCGUCUUUUUACACACUUUACAUCCAAAGUAUUUGCUGUUACGUCCGGCUUUCUGCUGGAUGGCAGCAGCGGGCCCCCUACCCUACCGCUAUGUGGUAGUGGGAGAGUCUCUGUCCAAUCACGCUAACGCCUGUCAGAGCCUUUUUUUUUUUUUUUGCCUGUUUCCUUUCUUGUAUUGUUCGGUGCUUUGUACGUAUUCGCGGUGACGGUUUUCAAUCGUCGGGCAGGAUUGCGAAACGUCCUCUGCCCCUUUCGGCCACGAGCUUUCGAAGCACAAGAUCUCUGAACGUUAUGAGUGUCGUAUUUGUGAUGUGCUCCAUGGACUGAGACUGUUUUGUCCUGUAGAAGGAAACAAGAGGUCAACUUCUGCUCAACGACUGGAAAUCGUCAUUGUUGCCUCUCUCUUUUAGUCCCGAACUGUUGACAUGAUAUUGUUAUCCUCAUGUUCGUUUUCAAAUUAGACGUUGAAGUUGAACAAGAUGACCGCGAGCGCACGAUUACGAGUAUAUACAUAGUACACUUAUGCGCUCUCAAUUCAGCGUGCGGUCUCUCGCGAGAUUAUUUUGUUCAUUCUGAUUCAUCUUUUCGCUCACUUCUCCCUCUUUUUUUUUUAAUUAGAAACGUUACUUUACCUUCUGGAUACCUUGCUCCUUGCCUGAAAGCAAAGAGUGAUUUUCAGUAGCGUUUUCUCAUUUUCUUCCCUAAUGCGGAGAGUCCAUUUAGAGGUUAAAGGCGCUACAACUUCGGCAUUGUGUAUUACCAACAUCUAAUCCUAUAGGCCUAAACACAUCUCUAAUAACUUAGACCCCGUCUAUAGCAAUUUUUUCCUGACGUUCGUGCGGGGCACGCAUUGAGAGCGCCCUUUGGGCAGUCGUGCUGCGUAAUGCCUUUCUAAUACCCUUUUAAUCUUCUUGUUUUCUGUGAUACAUCUCCUACGCUUGAACCCUUUGAAAUAUUCUAUACUGCUACAAGAUAGGCUUAUUUACAUACAUAGAUCCUUUUUGUCUUUGCUUCAGUCCCAAUUUAUUUAUUGUCACUUGAAUAAAUCGUUAUUUAUUGUUUCGAACUUAAUCGCGUACGGUAUCUAUCUUAGCGAUUGUCAACCGUAGGAGUCAACGUAGAUUUUUUCAAGCGUAUACUUAAGAAACCUUAGAAAAGAGCCUCGUUGUUUGUUUUAUUUGUUUGGUUUUCACUUACCGUAUUAUCCCCACACGGAUGUUAUAUACUACUUCGGACGCCGUACAGCGUAACUUGGAUCUCUCUCGGGCACCUCGGAGUAGGCGAAGACCCCCGCUAUUGUAGCCCUUGCUGCGGCGUUUCCCUAACAGAAUUAACGCUUGCGCUUAAUAGUGUGUCGUCCCUUUUGUUGAGCCAACAGGGACAUGGUGGCGUGUCAAAGAGGCUUCCAUGAGCGUACGAGGUUAUUUGCAUUCACGUACACACACACAGUUAUAUACAUAAUAUAUAUAUAGGGAGAGUCUGUGUCUGUUCGAUACGUGCAAUACACACACACACACGCACACACACACAUGCACAUUUGUGACUAUCUCGAGUCCUUGCACAAAAGAGCCACCCUGUAUACUACUAAAAGUCACAAAAAAUAAAAAUAGGAAGAAAUAAAAGUUAUAAGAAUUGUUGCAAGAGAUAAAGAGUGUGUAAGGCGAAGUUGAAUAUAAACUGAUGGAGCCAACACUUUAUUCCGUUUGUCUUCUUGCAAAGUACGAGAGGUGGUCGUGGCUUUUUCGCGAGUUUUUUCACUGUUAUUAUGUAAAGAUGGGAAGAAAUGAGUUGUAAGAGUGAGAGAGAGAGAGAGAGAGAGAGAGAGUGAGAGAAUUUGAGGCAGGGUAACACAAAAGGCUUAUUAUUCUUUCUUUUCUUUCGAGUUUUCUGUUUCGGUAGGGUCCUUGUAUACGUAAAGUGACGGGUGUUGUGGGUCGACUCGAUCCCUCGACCUGUCGUAGCCUGUGCGGCCUUUCGCUUUGCGCCUGAGAUUGCGCAUUGAAAUAGAGCUGCUGAAGUUAUGUCCACGUAACUGUAUGUAAUCGCCACAGUUUUGCAGGCUCACGGUCGCCGUAGACAACCAGCGUAUGCGAGUCGGGAAGCGCGCGAUGUGGUCGACGAAAGGCAGUCGCACCACGUUCCUUGUCAUGAGCAUUCCAGUGAUAUGAGCUUAUCAAAAUAAAGAGAGUCGAUCUGAUCGCGCACGGUCGUGGUCUCGGCGUACAUAGUGCUGUUGGCAUUGGCUCUGUUCGUUGAAGAAGCGGACAAUGUGAUAAUUACGGCACGGGUGUUCCUUCGGGAUAGGGGGAAGGGUGGUUAUGAUUAAUAAGGGGGCAUGGGCUUAAAUGUUGAAGGGCCAUUUAGUUAUCGCUUCUUGUCUUGUUUGCUGAAUCUAUGAAACUGUACUAGCAUAGUUUCGGUUUCGCUUUAUACCUAAAGCUUCGCUCCUCAGUGCGUACUUGUUUCAGUGGCUUAAUAAAUUUUCAGGUUGCUUACUAUCUUUUAUUCACGUUUUUCUUGCGUAGCUCCAAGCGUGCAACGUUCUUCUCGUACGCGCAGACAUCUACUGAAUUUUUCCAUGAAUUGCGCGGUGCAGCUGGCCUCAAGAAGCAGCGUAUUUAAUUUUACCUGCGGGUAACUCUUGGUACCCUUGCCGACGCACGACCUUUCUUGUUCGUUUCAUCUUUUUCUUUUUAUGAUAUAGACAAACUUAGGAGGUAUGUAGCGCACAGAAGCUCCUUCUUCCAAUGUUGCUGUUGACGCUAUGUAGGUCCGCUCCGCGCAAGCUCUAUUCGCCCUACAACUGUUAAAAUCUGAUGCGUCAUCGCCUUCACCGCUUGACAGUUUCCGAGCACCGCUUACAACGCUUCACCGUAACAUCUUUCUCGGAGACCUAGCACUGAUCGUAUAUUGUACUGUGUGUGUAUGUGGUUAUUUAAAUUAUAAACAAAUAGUGGUGCAGCUUAGAUGGAGCGAGAAACGGGAGUGAAAAAAGCUUUUCACUGAAAAAGUAUAAGCGAAGUCGUGUAUGACGCGGAGGGCGGGGUCAUUUGGAACAAUCGUGCAGCAGCAUCUGAGCCAGUGACAAGACCUCACGCUUAUUUUCUAGUUUUUGUUUUUAUUGCUUCUUGUGUGUUCCUUUUUCAUCGUGUAUUGCUCUUGUUUCGCAGAUAAACGUCGUCUAGUCAUUCGAUUGCGUACGUUGUGCCAGUAUACAGUGUUUUGUUUCUUCUUUCCGGUAAAAGCAGGGUCUUUCGCUUUGAAGGCGUUGUGUCUGGUGUUUUUCAUAUAGCAUGCUAAAAAAAAGUCGACCCCUUAACAUCUAAAGUACCCGAGAAAUUCGUGCCGACCUGCGUAUUGGGGCACGUAUUGAUGGAUCUGUGUGUCAUUGAUUCCGCCCCGACGAAUUGUCUAUGCGUUCCACAAGAGCGCGUUUCUUUGAUGAACCUGUGGAGGUGCCAAGCGUAUCUUCGCUCAAGUGCUAUGACAUGAUUGACAGUGAGCAGUGGUGAACCUCGUAAGGGUUUUUGUUACAAUUGCUGCAGUAUCGAGCCGCACACAAUGAGUCGCCACACCGCGUGUUCGCAACAAUGGCAUGCUUCAUCGCAGUCAGCUAUCUUGCACGAUUCUAUCUGGCCCAUUCAUUUUCCCGACAUGCUCGCAAACUUCUCAGGGACGUUUAUUCCUGGAAAGUCAGUUGGUCUUCCUUUUAUGCAUUUUUUUUAUUCAAUGCACUAUACCGGAAGUUUCAACGACUAAACUUCCAUCCCCUAAAUGAGCUCUGGAGAGAUGAAAGGAAUUUGACGCACCGCGACUCGUGACCUUCACCUUCCAUCCACGAAGUAAACCUUCGUAAUUAUCGAAACGUCACAUUAAAUAUACGCCGGCUCGACCAAUACUGCUAAAAAACGUUUGCUAAAUGCAGGAUCUCAGACUUAACAUGAAAAUCUACUAAUUUGAGAUGGUGCCAGCUGCAUGCACGAUAUCGGUAAUUACCAAACUUAACAGCUCCGACGUCCUUCAAACAAAAUUUAUUGAAGCGGUCGUCAGAAAAUGAAAAUUGUUUUGUUUCUUGACUCGUGCAAUUGAUGUUGUCGACACCUGGAGAUAACCUGAGAACAAGAAUUGGGUGUCGAAUGUGCCGUGUAUAUUAACAUUCAAUUAUCUGACAUUUGCGGAAAAUGUAAGCUCGGCCUCACGCUUGUGGCGACUCGUCUUGUGUGUCUCAAGCACGUCGACUUGAGAAACUGUCCAGUCACGCAAGAGCUACAUGCACUUGGCGGUGUGCGAGCAGUGCUUCGAACAGAGCGUUUGCUCGUUACCCUUGCGUUCAGCCGUGGAAGAAUUCCUAUCAAACAGUAUAGUUUGUGAAAUCUAUGAAGUUUCUGAAAGCAAGCUGGGCUCAUUUAAGCUCGUUUACAUUGGCACAUUUGCUGACCGUGCACAGCGGUUCGGUUCGAAUCUCUUUUCGCACACCUACUGGCGCCCAUAGAACGUCUUUUGUUCCACUGUGAACUUCUGUUGUUAUUUUGUAAUUAUCCUCGCUGAUGCCUGUUGUUAUGUUCCCUGUUAAUGGCUGUAGAAAUUUCCAUGUUCUCGUCGGCCUUCAGGCCCUGAGGCGCACAAAAAUAAAAACGAAAACUUUCAAAGAAAUAUAUAGCCAACAUCUUUUCUUCGUAACGUUCCUCUUCACACUUGCUUCGAUGGCGUCCUUCUACGGGACGGACUAUAGUGACGAAGUUGUAUAGCGUUUUGAGCGACAGUCUCGUCGCAUCGCGUGUGUGCAAAUGGUAGAGAGCGUGUGUGUGACAGAGAGGUUGUUUUCUAGGCAAGUGACGCUUAUUAUUGUCGUUGUGUUUUUAUAUGCUAUACCUAUGGGGCAGGGGGUUGGGUCAUCGAUUACAGCUGAUUGCGGUUGCGCAGCUUCUUUCCAGGGCCGGGGCACACGCAACUGUAUCCUGCCGCCUCUUCGCGCUUUAUGUUUAGAGCAUCGACGACAACGUCGUUCCUGGUUGUUUUCGCACGAGGUGUGUGUAACACGCACCGGGGGCUAAUGAAAAAAAAAAAAAAGCGCACACGGCACCGGAGAGAAAGAGACCAAAGAAAAGGGUGGGGAAGCGAUGGCGUGGCUGAGGGUCGAGAGUGUGAAAAGAAUGGAGAGAGUCUUGUUUUUGUACGAUGCGCAUUGUGUUUGUAGUGCACACUCCUUAUGAUUGUCGCUAUCGUUGCAGCUGCUGUGUUGUUGAGGCGGCGCUUGUUUGCGUUCACCGUGUAUACUUGCCAAUCCGUGCGUGUGCGUGUAAAAUGUGUGUGUAUGUAAAAACUGCCGCGGCAGCCGCCGAUCGCCCUCCCCUCUGGCGGCCGCCCGGCAAGGUCGCUUGUGACCGGUGAACCGGCGCUACUUAUGGCUAAUAAAGCUGUGCAGCACUUCGA